CUCUUCGCACACCCAAAAGAAGAUCAAGCUCAUCCACUAAUUCCACAUCCAUGGAAGCAGCAAAGAAGGGCAAGAUCCUAAUCAUCGGAGCGACGGGGUACCUUGGAAAGUACCUCACUGAGGGGAGCUUGAGAUUAGGUCACCCUACCUUCAUUCUAGUGAGGGAAAGCACCAUUAACACUAAUUCAGAAAAGGCCAAGGUCAUCAAAGAUUUCAAAGAUGCUGGAGCCACUGUGCUCUAUGGAGAUUUGCAUGACCAUGAGAGCUUGGUGAAGGCAAUUAAGCUGGUGGAUAUCGUCUUCUCGACGAUGGGCCAUGAGCACCCAGAGCAGCUGGCGAGUCAAAUUAACAUCGUCUCAGCCAUUAAAGAGGCUGGAAAUGUGAAG